GCGCCCCCCUGCACGUGACCAGGGAAGCCGGAAGCGCGAGCGGGGGGGGGGUCGGGAUGAGCGGAGGGUCCGAGCCGGCGGCGCCCGCCGGGCUCCGCAUCGUGGUGGAGUAUUGUGAGCCCUGUGGGUUUGAGUCCACUUACCUGGAAUUGGCAAGUGCAGUGAAAGAAGAGUACCCAGAUAUAGAAAUCGAAUCCAGGCUUGGGGGGAAAGGUGCCUUUGAAAUUGAAAUCAAUGGGCAGCUUGUCUUCUCCAAACUAGAGAAUGGUGGCUUUCCUUAUGAGAAGGAUCUCAUUGAAGCAAUAAGAAGAGCCAGAAAUGGGGAACCACUCGAAAAAAUCACCAACAGCCGUCCCCCCUGUGUCAUCCUGUAGCCCCGGCAGCACCCUCGUCACUACAUGUGUUCUGUUCUGAUCACCUUCAGCUCUGCCCAUCCACUCUUAAAUCUCAUUACCUUGCUGCUUUGCUCCUCUCUGCCUUCUGGCUUAAUUAUUUUACUAUAUGGCCAGGCAGCAUCAUGUGUGGAAGAGACAUCAAGGUAACUUGAAUCUCUAACUUUGCUGUACAAAGAGGCUUGUGAGGAAUGGCAUCACAUCAGGUGACUUGGGACUGGAGAUGGGUUAGCUGAGAGCUUACUACAUGUUGCUGUUGGGGAGGAAUGACUAAACUUUGGUACUACUUUGUGCAUGCCCUCUAACCCCAGACAGCCACCCAAACCCCAAGGAGGAGGAGAGCAGCCUCAUGCCAUCAUUUUCUACCCCCUUCCAUUCCGUAAAUGUCCCCGUUUCUCCUAUUUCUGUAGCACGUACUUGGGCAACUUCUUGCCUUGCUGUCACCCUCCCUUAAAAUCCAAGUAGGUUGGGUGGAGUCUACCAGAGACCAGAUUGCCCUUCCUGUCCCCACCAAGGGUUCUAAGUGCACUGAGGAAGCUCUGCCUGUUUUGGUUAGCACUGUGGUAACAUGGAAAUGAGAGAGGCUUCCUGCCAUAGAGUAGGAGAUAGUCAGUGUUUUGGGGCAGAGAACUGACCACAGUGGUUAUGAAGACCUGGUGAUUUGGAUCAGAAGGUUUUAGAGAAGAACUGAAUUGUUCUUAAAUGCUAAAUACUAUUGUUAAUCAUUUAAAAAUACCCUUGUCACUGUUUAGACCAGUGCUAAAGCAGGAUCAAUUAGACAUCAGUUUUUGGAUAGUAAAAUCCCUUUCUUAUUUUCCUCUCCUCCUGCGAGAACCAUAAUUAGUGACUGACUUCUAAUUGCCCAUCUGCUCCCUGCAGAAAACUUCCCCCUCCACUCCACCCCUCCUGUUUAACACCCAAUUUUCACUUUUCUAUUGUCAUGACUUUGCCCUUUGACACUGAAUGCCAAGGGGGUGAAUGAGCUAAAGGAUAAAGUGCUAAGUGACUUAAGAGAAUGCUGGUGUUAAAGAUAAGAACCUGGCAGUGCCAAUGAAAUUCUGGCUACCCAGUGUCUAAUUUAUGCUUUAAGGGAGGGUGAUUCUAUUUAUUAUAGACUGUGUAUUAAAAAAAAAAAAAGCCAGUAGUAAAUAAAAUCACAGUAAAACCUUG